CAUUUCAGUCUUUGGAGAUGUUUUAGUUUCCGGGUCGGAGAGUCCGUCUCCACGCGUGUGGAAUUCUUUCGUCUGUCGUCCGUCUACCUGAACAUUUUUCACCGUUAUUAUGGCUCCGUCUCGCACCAAGAAGCGCCGCCCGUCCUUCCGGCGGUUGCUGAAGACCAGCAACCUGAAGCUGGACAACAAGAUGAAGAACCGGCAGAUGAAGCAACAAAACUCCUCCAAGAAGCAGCGCAAGGAGCACAGGAAGAUGCGGCAGGCGCUCAAGAGCGUCGCGCAGGCCGCGCCGCGCCCACUUGACGUCACCGCCAAAAACCCCGAGGAGGAAGAGGAGGAGGAGGACUUCCUGGAGAGUUUGCCAACUGACAUGAUGGACGACACCGACCUGCAGCAGAUGUCCUCGUUCCUCAGCAGGGAUCUGUCGUCAUGUGAUUCGGUGCACGGCACCAAGAAGCGCAAGUCCGAAGUGGUCCGAGGCUACGAGAAGAUUCCCAGGAAGAUGGCCGCCGUGCCGGAGGAGGAAGUCAUACAUUUGCUGCCCAUCAAAGACAAGACACGACUCAUCCCGCAGAGCAUGCACAAAGUGGUGACCAAGCAGCCGGAUGAGCAAGAGGAUGAAGAAGAGGAAGAGGAACCCACACAGGAGGCUGAAAUCGGAGCGGCGACGCUAGUAAACAAUGCGUUGCUGACGCCGGCGCAGCAACAGAAAGUCAGGGCGCGCAAGAUCCAAGACAGGAAGUUGACCAUCGCAAACUUGGCAUCCACCGUCAUCGCCAACCCCAGCACCAAUAUGAAGUGUGUGAAGCAGCUGCGCGGCAUGCUGAUGGAAGUGGACCCUUGCAUGGCGGUGACGGUCAGGAAGUUGGUGAUGGUGUCGCUGAUGGAGAUCUUCAAAGACAUCACUCCCACUUACAAGAUCCGACCUUUGACCGCCGCUGAGAAAGCCACCAAGGUCAAGAAGGAGACCCAGCAGCUGCGGGAGUUUGAGGAAGGCCUGCUAAGUCAGUACAAGUUCUACCUGGAGGAUUUGGAACAGUGCAUCAAAGACUGGAAGCAGAAGAAGAGCAAGCGCAGCCAAGCGGUUUCUCUGGACAGUUACUUGGGCCUGGCCGAGGUGGCCGUGCGCUGCCUGUGCGAGCUGCUCGUCGCCAUGACGCAUUUCAACUUCCACAACAACAUCCUGGUGGCCCUGGCGCCGCUGCUGAACGACCCCGUCAAGACGGUGUCCGACACGUGCUGCCGCGCCUUCGCCGAACUCUUUCGCCAAGACAAGGUGGGCGGACCCUCGCUCGCCGCCGUGCGAGUCAUCUCGGGUCUCGUCAAACGUCUCAACUACAACGUUAGGCCCAAGGUGCUGCAGACACUGCUGAGCGUGCGAAUCCAGGAAGUGUUGGUGAAGAAGGACCUGAAGGACACGACGCCCACCAUGAAGGCCAUGCACCACAAAGACAAGAAGAACCAGCUGUCACGCAUGCGGCGGAAGUGGAAGAAGGCGGAGGAGAAGCUGCAGCAGGAGCUUCUCGAAACCGAAGCGUCGGACAGCAAAGAAAGGAAGAUGAAAAUGCACACGGAGACGCUGAAUAUCGUCUUCCUGAUCUACUUUCGAAUUUUGAAGAAAGCUCACAAGUCUGCCCUCCUCCCUGCGGUGUUGGAGGGGCUGGCCAAUUUUGCCCAUUUGAUCAACUUGGAGUUCUUUGAUGACCUGCUCAAUGUGCUGCAGGGCCUUAUCCAAUCAGGAGAUCUGAGCAAUCGGGAGAGACUUCACUGCAUCCAGACCGUCUUCACCAUCCUGACGGGACACGGUGACGUCCUCAAUAUCGACCCGCUGAACUUUUACUCGGAGCUGUACGCCAUGUUGCCACAGCUGCACGCAGGAGCUCGCGGUGACGAAAUUGUCAUCGUGCUGCGCUGCCUGGACGCGAUGUUGAUCCGCCGCAGGAAGCAGGUGAGCCUGCAGAGGGCGAUGGCCUUCAUCAAGCGGAUCAGCGUGCUCAGCUUGCACGUCCAGUCGCACGCCAGCGUCGGACUCCUCGCCGCCGCCAGGGCCGCGCUGCAUUCAUUUCCAAGAUCCGACUUCCUGCUGGACAACGAGGUUCAGGGCAGCGGCUUGUACCUGCCCGAACUGCAACACCCCGAACACUGCAACGCUCACAACACCGCCUUGUGGGAGCUUCACGCACUGCAGAGACAUUUCCACCCGGUGGUUCGGCAACUGGCGUCCCAUCUGAGUCGCGGCGCCCCCAGCGAAGGCAGCGGGGCGCUGCCGCAGGAGCUGAGUCGCAGGUUGCCGGUGCAGCUGUUUGACGAUUAUGACGUCAAAGACAUGACCUUCAACCCACCAGUAGCUGCGCCCAGACACAAGAAGAAAAAGGAAGUUUUCAGAGUGGAUCGGUCGCUGCUGGAUGGCGAUUUGCAGCGACUUGUUGAUAACAGCUUGCGUUCCAGUCAGGAGGCGGAGCUUGACUUCUGGACAACACACAAAUACUGACCCUCAUGCAUACACAUACCAUGAGUGUGUCUGUGUGUGAUGUCAUCUGUAAAAUAUUUUAA